AUGAUCCCAAUGGAAAACAGCACCGAGGUGACUGAGUUUGUACUGUUGGGGUUAACCAGUGACCCACAACUUCAGAUCCCAUUCCUCGUAACAUUCCUUGUCAUCUACCUCAUCACUCUGGUCGGAAACCUGGGGAUGAUGCUGCUGCUCUUUUUAGACUCUCAUCUCCACACACCCAUGUACUUUUUCCUCAGUAACCUGUCUCUGGCUGACUUUGGUUACUCCUCAGCUGUCACUCCUAAAUUGAUCGUUGUGCUUCUCACAGGGGACAACAUUAUCUCUUACAAUGAUUGUGCUACUCAGUUUUUCUUUUUUGUAACCUUUAUCACUGUGGAAACUUUCCUCCUAGCAUCCAUGGCUUAUGAUCGCUUCAUAGCAGUGUGCAAACCCCUGCAUUACACCACCAUAAUGACAAGAAAAGUAUGUGCUUAUCUAGUCAUGGGCCCCUAUGUCUGUGGUUUUCUGGAUGCUUGCAUCCACACUUGGAACAUUUUCAGGCUCUCCUUCUGUCGAUCCAAUGUGAUUGAUCACUUUUUCUGCGAUGCUCCUCCCCUUCUGACUAUUUCUUGCUCUGACAGAUACAUCACUGAGCUGGUAAUCUUUUGUGUAGUAAGUUUCAAUGUUCUCUCUUCUAUCGCAGUAAUCUUGAUAUCCUACCUGUUCAUACUGACCACCAUCCUGAGGAUGCGCUCAUCUGAAGGACGCCACAAGGCCUUUUCUACCUGUGCUUCCCACCUCACUACAGUCUCCAUUUUCUAUGGGACAGCCAGCUUCAUGUACCUACAGCCCAGAUACAGUCACUCCAUGGGCACUGACAAAAUGGCAUCCCUGUUCUAUGCCAUCUUUGUCCCUAUGCUGAAUCCUCUGAUCUAUAGUCUUCGGAACAAAGAAGUCAAGGCUGCCUUCCAGAGGCUGAUGGGCAAGUUAAAGAAUUUCAUGGGGUUUGUUUUCUCAAGAAUUAUAUUAUUGUCUUUAAGAACCACAAAGUUGAUAUUUUCUUUUGGUGAAAUGUUUAGGGAAGAAACACAAAAUAUUAAAAGCACAGACUUUGUGGUCUGGCUCCCAAAUAUAAAAUAUGUAUUAAAAUAA